AUGACUGCAUGGUUUGCGGGCCGGUUUUGGAAGCUGCGACACGACCUAAUAACUUCUGUCAAGGUGGUCGUUGUCGCUCGAGUGUCAUUCGUUGAGUCUUCUGUGUCGCCGAACUCGCCAAAUGACGCUACACGCGUCAUCGUCGUCACUCACGUCCUCGGUGUCCCUGCUCCUCUUGCGGAGCUGAUAAACGGGCGUGGCAUGUGGCGAACACGUCCGUCGCUGGAUAAGCGACUCAUUAUCGAGCAGCCACUUACAGUAAUCCGUCAAGAGCACAGCAAGCAGGUGACGACCAUCAUCAAGAUCAUUGACGACGACGACGACGACGACGACGACGAUGGAAAGGAAGAAAACGAAGCCAGUCGAGAGACCGCGUGCCGAGCGUGCAUUGCCCGCGUCUGUCAUUCAGCAACCAAGGAUAACAGGCCAGGACGGGCCGAGAUCGCCCGCUUAAAACAACAACUGUUGCGCGUGCGUUUAGGCUACUUGCCUGCAUGCGACCAACAACCUGAAGAAGAGGAAAUGGAAGAGGUGGCGGAGGCGGCGGCGGCGGCGGCGGCAUCGUUGGCACAAAGAGCAAGCCGACGACGAACGUUCGCCUCGAGGAGCAAGAGUUUGUUUGGAUUUCAGUACGUCAAUUUGUGCCUCUCUCAGCGGGAGACCGUUUCGCAGUAA